AUGCUGGCAGAGUCCAAUUCCAGCCCCAGAUAUGUGAUGGACUGGGAGGGGAAGAGAGCUUUUCUUCCAGUUUAUCGUGAAGCCCAGUGUAACGGCUGCAGGGCUGUUUCCACACAUUUCGAGAAAGUGCGAGGGGUCAGGGAAAACCGAACGGCAGGCGGUUGUACUGGACAUUCAAAGUCGUGCAAAAAAAAGCACACCACGUGUCGCUUUAAUUUUCCAAAACCUGUUUCUGCACGGACAUUUAUUUGUAAAACAGCGGUAAAAGAAUGCACGUGCGACACAAAAAAGGCAAAAGAGACGGGGAAGGAUCCUGCUUCCAAAAACAAGCCAGUCUGUAAGUGUUUAGAUGGCGACGAUAGAAUGCAAAAAGAGACGGCACAAGACAUUCUGAAAGCUGUUAAGAAAGCUGUGGAAGAUGUUGUGCCGUAUGCUAGUGUAGAAGAGUUGUUUGCGAGUCUGCACAUCAGUCAGGAAAUAUUUGAAGAGGCCUAUAGGAGAAUGGAGAAGAAGACUACGGUAGUUUAUAAGAGAGGGGUGAACGAGGCUUGGGUGAACCAGUAUAGCAAGAAGUUGUUGAAGUGCUGGAACGCUAACAUGGACAUUAGCUUUGUCACUGAUCCCUAUAUAGUAGUCGUAUACAUCAUAUCGUACAUUACGAAAGGAGAGAGAGAAAUUGGCCUAUUAUUGAAUAAUGCCCAAAAAGAAACAAAACAAGGAAAUCUCUCUGCUAAAGAAGCUUUAAAGAAGUUAGGCAGUGUAUAUUUACACAACCGGGACGUUUGUGCACAGGAGUCAGUGUAUAGGCUAACGGGCAUGCAUCUGAAGGAGUGUUCCAGAAAGGUUGUUUUUGUGCCGACAGGGAACAACAUAGUUAAGAUGAGUUUACCCCUUAGUGUUUUGAAGCAGAGGGCGUCUUCCCACGAUCUUAGGCCACAAGAUAUGUGGAUGACGAGCAUAAUGGACAGGUAUAGGAACAGGCCUCAGGAUGACUUAUUUGAGAAGAUGUGCAUGGCUACGUUUAUGUCUGAGUAUCGCGUUCUCAGCGUAAACGAAAAGUCUCCUAACAGAAUUACAUUGAGAAAUGGUUUGGGAUUCAUCUUGAGGGGAACACGUAGUCAGUUUGCGGUUGUUCGUUACAUGCGUUAUAGUUUAGAGAAACAAAAUGAAGAUCAUUUUCAGAGUCUGCUGCAGUUGUUCCUUCCUCAUAGAACUGACUCAGACCUCCUGCCCAAACCUGAAGGCUUUCAGCUGUUUGAACAGUUCUAUAAGGAUGGUAAGGUGACAUUUAGUGAUGGCUCCGUGUGUUCAGUUGAGACCGUGGUAAAGGGGAAUAGGGCAAAGUUCGAGAUAGAUUGUGCGGAUUUGGAGCGAGCUCAGGAGAUUGCUGAGCAGCGCGAUGUAGAUGAAGACGCUUGGGGUGCGCUGUGUCCUGAACAGGGAGUGGAACGCCUUGAAUGUUUAGAGGAAAGAAAGCAGCAACAGGGAGAAGAGCAGUUGGUAGAAUCUUUUGAGAAUAUCCCGGAUUUGGAUGUUGGUAGCAGACAGGUGGUGCAGUUAGAGAGAGACAGGAGCAUCAUGUCUAGAAGUCAGGGUUUAGCUUUAGUUAGAUUUCUUAAUGAGAGACAGAUGGCCAUUUUUUACAGGGUGAGACAGUGGUGUUUGCAGAAGGUGAUGGGUAAAAACCCAGAGCCUCUGCAUGUGUUUGUGACAGGCGGUGCAGGGACGGGGAAAAGUCAUUUAAUUAGAGCUAUUCAGUAUGAGGCAGGGAGGCUCUUGUCAACUCUUUGUCAUCAACCAGACGAUAUUUCUGUAUUGUUAACUGCUCCUACAGGCAUAGCUGCAUACAAUUUAAAUGCAGCAACAAUUCAUCACACAUUGAGUAUUGGCACACAUGCUAGUUUACCUUACAUCCCUUUGGGUGAAGAUAAACUAAACUCUCUGAGAGCCAAAUUGAGGCACCUCCAAAUUCUAGUCAUUGAUGAAAUAAGUAUGGUUGAUCACAAUCUGUUAGCAUAUGUUCAUGGUAGGUUGAAGCAGAUUAAACAGACAGGUGACUUUUCCCCAUUUGGUAAUGUCAGUGUGAUAGCUGUCGGAGACUUCUAUCAAUUGCCUCCUGUUAAAGGGAAGCCUUUGUAUAGCAGUCAGGUUGGUGUGGACCUGUGGUGCAACUUUAGUGUAGUGGAGCUGAACACUAUAGUUAGGCAGAAGGAUAGUGUGUUUGCUGAGUUGCUGAACAGGUUAAGAGUGCGUUCCAAGGACACCCCCUUGUUAGAGAGCGACGUAAAGAUAUUGAAGGUGCGCGAGACAGGGGAACAGAGCUCCGCUUUGCAUAUAUUCCCAACUAAUGCACAAGUGAGUGAGCACAAUCUGACCCAGCUGUUUGACAUGUGUCCCGAUUAUGUCACGAUAGAAGCACAAGAUUUUAGGAAUAACAGGAAAACAGGGAAAUUAGAAUUGAUGGUAGGGCAUCACAGUAAUGCGUCGGACACAUGUUUACAAGAGAGUUUGUGUUUAGCUAGGAAUGCGUGUGUCAUGUUGUGUAAGAAUGUAGAUGUAGAAGAUGGUCUGGUCAAUGGCGCAUGUGGCACAGUAACUCAUAUAGAUUUUGGAGAGAAUAAAACGUUUCCUCGAACAGUUUAUGUCAAAUUUGAUGAGGAGAAAAUUGGCUCACAGAGGAGGAAACAACAUGCACAUGCAGCAGUAGAAGGCAGGUAUUCUACUGCUAUUGAUCCAGAGCAGGACAGGGCCAGUAAACGGGGUGGUCUGCGUCGUCAGUUUCCUCUGAAGCUAGCGUGGGCGUGUACUGUACACAAAGUGCAGGGAUUGACUGUCAAUGAGGCUGUCGUGAGUUUGAAGGUGUUUGCACCUGGGCAGGCGUAUGUAGCACUUAGUCGUGUGAGGGCUUUGUCGGGACUGAUCAUCAGGGAUUUUAAAGAGAAGGCCAUCUAUUGCAAGGGCACCAUAAAGGAGGCCAUGGAUAGCAUGCCUCCAUUUUUAAUUGAACAGCCACAGCCUUCAUUAAAUGCACACAGUUUCUCUGUGUAUUUAAUGAACGUUCAAAAUUUAAGUCGCCACCGUUCAGAUUUGGUGUCUUGCACACAGCAUUUACAGCCUAACUGUAUUGCUGUCACAGAAACGUGGCUCACUGCACAAUCCUCAUCAGACAGUGUCAAAAUUGAUGGGUACACUUUCCACAGUCGUCCUCGAGGUUUGUGUUACAGCAGCAGUAACCCCAAAUUGUUAGAGCUACAGGACUUAGAACAUGGUGGAGUUGGUUUGUACAGUUUAGGCAAUAUGGACUGUGACAUUCUGCAGGUACCCAAUUUGAAUCUGGAGUGUUUGGUGUGCCUGUGUACCAAAUUUAACAUAUUGAUGGCAGUAAUUUAUCAUCCACCAUGUUAUCCAAAUUCUUUAUUUAAACAGAAUCUGGGGAAAUUACUCGAUUGGUUAAAUCCAAUCAGUAACACGAUUGUAGUAAUGGGAGAUUUUAAUGAAAACAUUCUGAACAGAUCAUCAAUUUGUAAAUUCAUGGGUAAAAAAGGAUUUAAUCAGCAUGUAACACAAGCAACUACAGAGAAGGGGACAUUGAUCGAUCAUGUUUAUGUUGAAACAACACAGUAUGAUGUAGAAUGUGCAGUGAUGCCCACGUACUUCAGUGAUCAUGAAGGUAUUCUGUGUAUAUUUAGUGUGAAAGAUGAUCAGGGGCAGUUGGAGGAUACAGAGGUUGUUUGA